UCAGAGACUCCGCAGUGCGCGGGAGGCGAAGGUUCUCACUUCCAUCCAGCCCUGCGCUCAAUGGAGGGGCGGACUCUGCAGUGCCUCACUCACUGUGUGAUUCGAUAGGACCGGGGCUCAUCAGAUCACCGCCGACAUGAAGUACAAGAAUCUUAUGGCGAGGGCCUUGUAUGACAACAUCCCUGAGUGUGCUGAGGAGCUGGCCUUCCGCAAGGGAGACAUCUUGACUGUCAUAGAGCAGAACACAGGAGGACUUGAGGGAUGGUGGCUGUGUUCCCUCCAUGGUCGGCAAGGCAUUGUCCCAGGGAACCGGGUGAAGCUUCUGAUUGGUCCAGUGCAAGAGACCCCGGGUCAUGAGCAGCCUACUCCUGGACCGAUGCAUCAGACCUUUGGCCAACAGAAACUCUAUCAAGUACCAAACUCCCAGGCAGCGUCUCGGGAUACCAUCUACCAAGUGCCACCCUCCUACCAGAAUCAGGGAAUUUACCAAGUACCCACUGGCCAUGGCACUCCGGAACAAGAUGUAUAUCAAGUACCGCCAUCAGUUCAGAGGAACAUUGGCGGCACGAAUGGACCCCAUCUAAGCAAAAAGGUAAUCACCCCAGUGAGGACGGGCCAUGGCUAUGUGUACGAGUACCCAUCCAGAUACCAAAAGGAUGUCUACGAUGUCCCUCCUUCCCACAGCACUCAAGGGGUAUAUGACAUCCCUCCUUCAUCAGUAAAAGGCCCUGUGUUUUCAGUUCCAGUGGGAGAGAUAAAACCUCAAGGGGUAUAUGACAUUCCCCCCACCCAAGGGGUCUAUGCCAUUCCACCAUCGGCUUGCCGAGAUGAGGCAGGGCUCAGGGAAAAGGAAUAUGAUUUCCCUCCUCCAAUGAAGCAAGAUGGAAAGCCGGACACCAGACCUGAGGGGGUUUAUGACAUUCCUCCAACCAGCACCAAGACAGCAGGGAAGGACCUUCACAUCAAAUUCCCCUGUGAUGCUCCAGGAGGUGCUGAACCAAUGGCACGAAGACACCAGAGCUUUUCCCUGCACCAUGCACCCUCUCAGCUGGGACAGUCUGGGGACACUCAGAGUGAUGCAUACGAUGUCCCCCGGGGAGUUCAGUUUCUGGAGGUACCAACAGAAACCAGCGAGAAGGCAAACCUGGAAGAAAGAGAUGGAGUUUACGAUGUGCCUCUGCACAACGCAGCCGAUGCCAAAGGCUCUCGGGACGUGGUAGAUGGGAUCAACAGACUGUCUUUCUCCAGCACUGGCAGUACCAGGAGUAACAUGUCCACAUCUUCCACCUCCUCAAAGGAGUCUUCACUGUCAGCCUCCCCGUCUCAAGACAAAAGGCUCCGGCUAGACCCAGACACAGCCAUUGAGAAGCUCUAUCGGCUCCAGCAGACCCUGGAGAUGGGUGUGUGCAGCCUCAUGUCACUGGUCACCACAGACUGGAGGUGCUAUGGAUACAUGGAAAGGCACAUCAAUGAGAUCCGCACCACAGUGGACAAAGUGGAGCUGUUCUUACGAGAAUACCUCCAUUUUGCCAAGGGAGCUUUAGCCAAUGCCUCCUGCCUCCCAGAACUGGUCCUCCACAACAAAAUGAAGCGGGAACUCCAAAGAGUAGAAGAUUCCCACCAGAUUCUAAGCCAAACCAGCCAUGACUUGAAUGAAUGCAGCUGGUCCCUGAAUGUUUUAGCUAUCAAUAAGCCCCAAAAUAAGUGUGAUGACCUAGACCGGUUUGUGAUGGUCGCCAAGACAGUGCCAGACGAUGCCAAGCAACUGACCACCACCAUCAGCACCUACGCAGAGACCCUCUUUAGAGCAGAUCCUGGCAAUUCCCAUCUGAAGAACGGGCCCAACAGCAUCAUGAACUCAAGCGAGUACACACAUACGGGCUCCCAGAUGCAGCCACUGCAUCCUGGUGACUACAAAGCCCAAGUCCACAAUAAGCCGUUGCCUCCUACUCUGAGCAAGGACCAGCCACCAGACUGUGGUAGCAGUGACGGUUCUGAAAGGAGUUGGAUGGAUGAUUAUGAUUAUGUUCACCUACAGGGCAAGGAAGAGUUUGAGCGACAGCAGAAGGAACUCUUGGAAAAGGAGAACAUCGUGAAGCAGGGUAAGGCGCAGCUGGAGCAUCAUCAGCUGAGCCAGUUCCAGCUGUUGGAACAAGAGAUCACCAAGCCUGUGGAGAAUGACAUCUCCAAAUGGAAGCCCUCUCAGAGCCUCCCAACCACCAACAACAGUGUGGGUGCUCAGGAUAGGCAGUUGCUUUGCUUCUACUAUGACCAGUGCGAGACUCAUUUCAUUUCCCUCCUCAACGCCAUCGACGCCCUCUUCAGCUGCGUCAGCUCAGCCCAGCCCCCACGGAUCUUUGUGGCACAUAGCAAAUUUGUCAUUCUCAGUGCACACAAACUGGUGUUCAUUGGAGAUACUCUGACAAGGCAGGUGGCUGCCCAGGACAUUCGCAACAAAGUCAGGAACUCCAGCAACCAGCUCUGCGAACAGCUCAAGACGAUAGUGAUGGCGACCAAGAUGGCCGCCCUCCACUACCCCAGUACCACCGCCUUGCAGGAGAUGGUGCACCAGGUAACAGACCUGUCCAGAAAUGCUCAGCUGUUCAAGCGUUCCUUGCUGGAGAUGGCCACCUUCUGAGAAGAAGUGGAAGGGACUGGGUGAAUAAUUACUAAGGAAAACUGGAAAUACUAUCUAGUUUUUGUAAAUGUUAUCUAUUUUUGUAGAUAUUUUAUAUGAAAUUGAAAUGUUUCAAUGUUUUUGUGAGUUAGUCAGUUUUCAUCAAUUCAGGGAGCUGAAGUGGGAACUUAUUUUGUUUCCCCUGUGUGGUUCUGAUAUAAACAUAUAAGUAUCUAAGACAUAAGUUGUACAGAACUGUGUCCAUGUUUGCGUAUGCCUACGUAUCCAUAUUUGUUUAUAGCUGUGUGUCUGAUACAUCCCAUUAAAAACAUGAAUUGAGAAGCACCUUAGUAAGCACCUUCUAAUGCUGCAUUGUUUGGGUUUUGUAGAAAAUUAUACCACUUAGUUGUCAUAUUGCUCUACAUGUAGUAGUAGUGGUCUGAGCCCAGCACACCCAACUUUCUUGUCUGAAACCUCUUUCAAACUUGACUUGUCUUUAACCCGGUGGUAAAUCUGACCAACUUCUGGUUGAAGGGGGAAGGAGAGAGAGAAAGAUUCAAAAAAAAUAUUAACCUAUGGUUUCAGGUGCUAGAGAGAAGCAAGACAUGUGUGCUGUACUAAGAGGCCAUGUCUACAGUGGUUAUUGUGUUAUUUCGAUUCUGAAAGGAACCAUAAUAAAGAGAAAACAUUUGUUUCCCUGGG